UAUUAACGGUGUGGUAUAUUGAUGCAAUAACCACUUCUUUUUUGUAAUUAAUGACGUAUAUAGAUGUAUAUAUAUAUAUAUAUUUUAAAAGAUUGAAUAGCCUAAUUUAUACGUGUAAAAUUAACAUAAUUAUUGGCAAACGUUUUUAGUAUGAUGUUACGGUCAAAAAGGAAAUCAAAAUCCCCAUAUGCCAGGCCAACACGUGCACCGGCCGCCGCCAGAAAAGCAGUGUCAGUCAGUAAUAGCAACCGCCAGACACCUGAUGAUGCUGACCCCCAGGCAGUAGCAAAGGCAACGGAAUCAUUGAAUUUGGAUACCCACUCUGAUGGCAGUGGUCCAGCGUUACAUCAACCACUCAUACUUGGACCUUCAUCGUCAAUGGCAGCCCAUUCAUCAGGGUUAACAACAACCAACCCAUUCGCCAAGAGAGAGGGAAACCCCCCGCAUUCGACCAUAUGCGACAAUUCCCUUAUAGAGGUCAAGGCCGUGGGCAGUCAACAGGCAACGCAAGACCUAUGGGACAUGGCUCCAACCCCGGUCAAACUUAAUGUCUUAAAAUCAAUGCUUACUAAUUAUCCAGAUCAAAAUACAGCUCAUGAAUUACUAAACGGGUUUGAAUACGGUUUCAACAUUCAUUAUUCUGGUACACGAGAAUUUCACGUUUCAAAAAACAUGAAAUCUGCAGAAACUCACGCUGAUGAGCUUCAUUUAAAAAUCUAUCAAGAAAUUUCACUGGGGAGAAUAGCUGGUCCAUUUUACACUAGACCUAUUUCUAAUAUUAGAUGUAGCCCUAUUGGUCUAGUUCCUAAAAAACAAGGGGGGUGGCGCAUGAUUUGUAAUUUGUCAGCACCACAGGGCAACAGUGUUAACGAUUUUAUAGACCCCAGUCUCUGUUCAGUACAUUAUACAUCAUUUGAUACUACUAUAAGUAUGGUUCAAAAACUUGGUCCUGGGGCUUUAUUAGGCAAAAAAGACAUAACGAGUGCUUUCAGACUACUUCCGAUUCGACCCGAAGAUUUUUUAUUGCUCGGCUUUUAUUUUGACAAUAAGUAUUAUAUUGAUAAAUGUUUACCUUUCGGUUGCUCUAUUGCAUGUGCCACUUUUGAAAAAUUUUCAACAGCUUUGCACUGGAUAGUGGAAAAUCAAUCCACACACAACACAUUAGUCCAUUACCUGGAUGAUUUUUUGUUCGCUGGCCCAGCUAAUACUUGUAUAUGUCAAAACCUUAUGGGAUCAUUUGAUACAAUUUGUAAAGAACUUGGGGUCCCGCUGUCAGAGGAAAAAACAGAAGGCCCCUCUACAUACAUUACAUUUCUUGGUCUAGGUAUCAAUACUAUUAACCAAACCAUAUUUAUUCCAAAGGACAAGGUGGACACCCUUAAAUCAAUGAUUCAUAAUGUAUAUACGCGAAGGAAAGUUACAUUAAAAGUAAUGCAAUCAUUAGUGGGGUCACUAGCAUUUGUUACGAAGGCAAUACCUGCAGGUAGGGCGUUUUGUAGACGAUUUUACGACAGUCUUUCGCAGGGAUACAAAAAACAUCACUACAUUACAAUAUCAAAAGCUCUACGAGACGAUAUGGAGGUCUGGUUAAAAUUCCUUUCCGAAUUUAAUGGUACCACACUAUUUCCCGAUAUGCACUGGUCAAAUGGGGACACAUUGCACAUAUCCUCUGACAGCUCUGGCUCUUUUGGGUGCGGGGCAAUUUUCGGUUCACAUUGGGCCUAUCUUCAAUGGCCAUUAGACUGGUCAUCCGAAGAUCGUAGAGACUUGACCUACCUGGAGUUAGUGCCAGUAGCGCUGGCAAUUCAAAUUUGGGGUAGCAAAUUGCAGUCUAAGAAAAUUAUAAUGCACAUUGAUAACAUCGCAGUAGUUCAGAUAAUUAAUCAAAAAACAUCAAAGUCAUCAAGAGUUAUGUCCCUUCUUAGACCUCUAUUGCUUCAGCUCCUCAGGUUCAACAUUCAAAUUAGAUGUGUGCACAUACCAGGUCCUUCAAAUACUAUAGCUGAUGCUAUAUCUCGUUUUCAGUGGCAAAAGUUCAGAAAUCUGGCCCCAUAUGCGGAUUACUAUCCAUGCCAAAUUCCAUCGGAAUUUUGGAACCAUUUGAAAAGGAAGUAGAAAAACUACUCGACGCAUCAGUUGCUCCAAACACUCAAACUGUUUAUCAGAAGGGCAUUGACUUAUUCAUGCAAUUUAGAGGGCUGUAUAACAUCCAAGACAUUUGGCCUCCAUCUGUUGACCAAAUUAUCAACUUUAUAGCAUUUUUAUCAUCUAAAAGCAUAUCAUAUUCAACUGCCAAAACCUACUUAGCGGGCAUUAGUUUUAGUUUGAAGUUAAGCAAUCUUCCUGAUCCAUGUCAAUUUUUCAUUGUAAAAAAACUACUACUCGGUUUUAAGCAACUCAAACAUAAAAAGGAUACUAGAAGUCCAAUAACUUUCCCACUGUUAAAAAAAAUCGUAGCUUCUUUACAACAUGUUUGUAGUAAUUAUUACGAACAGAUCCUUUUUUCCACUGCGUAUACACUUGCAUACUUUGCCUUACUAAGGGUAG